UGAUAAUGUAAAGUCGCGGGCGCGCUCGACUAUGAGCUUCAUCUACCGCCAGAACAGCGUCGCCCCGCUCGACUACGAGACGCCCCCGUUCCCCUCGCUCUACUGGCCCUUUCCCAUCCGCGGGCCCCAGUCCUACUACCUCUACCACGCCGGCGAUGUCUGGCGCUUUACCUUUACCUGGACCCUCAUCUGCUUUGGUGCCGUCCACCUGGCCACCGCUGGCUAUGCCGUCGUCGUGCAAUGGCGGAAUUGGCGCGUCAUCUGGAUCGUGCCGCUGCUCUACGCCAUCAUUGGCGGUAUCGAGGCGAUAAUAGCUGGUAGCAUCGUCGGAGGGCUACUCGGCGGCGUGUACAACUCCGGCUAUUUCAGCAUGUCGACUUGGAUCCCCUUCGUCUGGGCUCUGAUCAGCACCUUUGUGCUUAUUCUCUCUUCAUUUGCCAUCCAAGGCGGUCUGUAGUUUGGAGUCACCGGACGAGGCGUUUUGGGACGUAGGAAUAGCAUGCAAAGGAGCAAGGGAUCGAUUGCUGUCGGGUUUGGUUUCUCCUGGAUUUUGGCGCCCGUACUAUACCCACGUUCGGACUUUCUCCACCUGGUCAGCAAGCACUUGCAAACAAGAGCCUCCAUUCAUUGUCGUGCUAUGUGUAGGGUUGACACUGUGU